ACGGAAAACCUGAUUGAUAUAUAUAAUAUAUAAUGGUUGACAAAACAACUUUGAACUCUCAUAAAAAAAAAAAACAACUUUGAACUCUCCGAGGAAUUUGAGGUUGCUCUUAAAACACACUACUACUAUCUACUACUAGUACUUACGAUGAUUGCUCCUAAGAUAUAGCCACUAAGUAACAUAAUACUAAAUCCAUCCAAACACGAUCCCUUUCAUCUGAAUCACCACCGCUGUUUCCGUUACAAUGUCUAGGGUUCCUUCUUCUUCUACUCUUCCAUCAUCUUCAAUGGCUUCCAUCAUCAAAGCCUAUUCACUUCCUUUUAUUCUCUUCUCCGCAGCCAUGUUCUAUCAGCUCUUUAUUAUUCCCAAUGCUUUCCCUCCUUCUCAUUAUGACGUUCUGCAAAUUGAGAGAUAUAGUUCUAUUGAUAAGGUCAAGGAAGCUUAUGUCAAUCUUCAAACUAAAUGGAAUUCGGAUGCGGAAGCAUUUGACGUUCAUGAGUUUUUAAAGAUUCGAUAUGCCUAUGAAUUGCUGACAAAUCCUUUAUGGAAAAGAGACUAUGACUUAUUUGGAAUUGAUGAACAACUUCAUAUCAUUGAGAGUGCCAACAAGCGUUAUGCAGGGAAUAAUAUUUCAGAACUGGACUUCCCUUUACUACAUGCCCCUUCCUCUGAGUCUAUUGAUCAUUCUGAUAAAGUCAUUACUGCUAGUGAUUUCAAGUCUAUACUUCCAGAUGUAAAGCCAUGGCUAAUUCAGCUGUAUUCAUCGGGGAGCAAUCGUUGUGCUGAGUUCUCGAAGUCCUGGAAUAAAAUAGGUUCUUUAUUGGAUUCAUUUGCAAAUACUGGUAUGGUGGAACUUGGUGAGAAGGAGGUCUCUAUUUACUUUGCUGAUAAAAGAUCAACAGGAAAACCCUUUUUCAGAAAUGGAAUUCCAUCUCUUUUUGCCAUUCCUGCUGGAUGUCAUACUGCAAAAUGUUUUAGAAGGUUUGAUGGUGAGCUUACUAUUGACAAGGUUACAAAUUGGUUUGCAACAACUGUAUUGGCUUUACCUCAAAUUAACUACUACACAAAGGAGUCACUGGUGCCAAGUUUUUUUGGAAAGAGCAGUCAUCAUAAGGUGAAAGUGAUACUUUUCUCAAAAUCUGGGGAACGUGCUUCUCCUUUUAUACGACAAGUAGCAAAAGACUAUUGGGCUUAUGCUUCAUUUGCAUUAAUUCUCUGGCGCGAAGAGGAAUCAUCCUAUUGGUUGGAUGCAUUUGAGGUGGAAUCUGCACCUGCUAUAGUAUUUCUUAAAGGCCCAGGUGUUAAACCUGUUGUGCGCCAUGGUCCAGUUAACAAUUCAUUGUUUUUGAGUAUGAUGGAAAAUAAUAAAGAGCAAGAACUACCACAGCUAAGGAGUGUGACAUCAAUGGAGCUAGGCUGUGAUCCCCGUGGUUAUUCUCGUGCUGGAUAUGAUACAAUUAUUUGGUAUUGUGCUAUUGCAGUGGGAAGGCUAAGUAUGGAAUUGAACGGAAUGCGUGAAACUAUUUGCAGGGUUCAGGACACAUUGUCUAAGCAAAGUGAGGUAGAUGCAUCAUCUGAAAAUCAACCCUUGGCUCCAGUUGUGGAUGCAUUUAAAAGAAAGCGUUUGACAUUUGCUUGGCUUGACGGUGAAAAGCAGAAGGACUAUUGUCAAUUUUACCUUGGUGAGGGGGCAAGCGAAGGCACUUGUGGACAACGGAAGGGUAUGAAUGAUAUUCCUCGGUUGCUUGUUAUUCGUUACCUAAGGAAUAGUAGUGCUGUUGACGCAAGGACACAGGAACUUUCAAAGUUCAAAUCAUUACUGGUCCAAGAUAUAAUUGAUGAUUCCGAUCAGGCAGGCCAAUUUGUAGCUGGGUACAAGGGCGCAGCUGAUGUUUCAGAGAUAACCCAGUGGCUUGCAAAUAUAAUAAAAGAUGGUGACUCCAGAGAUUUGCCUUUCUUUACACUACGAACUCCUAAGCUUGUUCCAGAUGACACGGAACCUAUUUGGUCUAAAACUGCACAACAGAUUCCAUUAAAAAAUAUUUUGCAGCAGAUUCUUGGCGUUGUUGGUGGACUUUCUGUGUACCUUGAUGAUCCAAGAAUCGGUCCUUUUCUGCUUUUGGCAGCCUUAAUUUCUCUGGGCACCGUAUGUCUGAGAAGAAGCCAACAAGUUAAUCUAUCCGAGUCAAAACAACCAACUCAACCUAGUUCCACGGAGCCGCCCUCCCAUGAUGAAAGAAAACCGAAACCAAAUGAGCGGGUCCGGAGACGGUCCGGUAAAAAUGCGCCCCCUUCCAUGACAGAUUCAGAACCACCGAAUGCUUACCAGAUGCCACUUUCAGACUCUGAAUCUGAUUAGUUUCUUUUCGGUUUCUACAUACAGGAAAUUAGUUUUCAUGACAUACAUAAUGUUACAUAGUCUGAAGUUCAAUGAAACUCUAGCAUUUUGUUCUUGAUUUGUAGGCAUAUUUAUAUGAUACAAAGAUUGAAAUUUGAAAGUAUGUUAACAAGUGAUUAGAAGAUUGAAACUUUGUUUUAAUUUGUGUAUAAAAAUUAUGAGAUGGAGUUUGACUGUUCCAAACUUAGUUAUUUGAUUCUAACCAAAAUUAUGUAAAAAGUUUGCCGUAAA